UAAUGAUGUAAUUGCACAAGUACCAAUGUUUGUUUUUAUUAUAAAAGCAUGUACCUUUUGUUCUUCCUAACAAUACAAAGGUUCAUCACAUCAAACACACACGGCAUCUGUAUAACUAGUCAGUCUUCAAUGGCAGCUCAAGACUCAAACAAGGUUUCUCAUCCUUUUGCCUCUUGGAAUUGUGUUCUAGUAGUACAAAAAUACUGGUAACAUUUACAAGGAUCAAAGUUUCAUUUCAUCACAAAAAUUACAAUCAUCUAUGGAAGGUCUAAAUUGGAAUGGUUCAGAAAUUUUAGAGAGCACACCAAUCUUGUGGAGUACUCAUCAUCAAGAACAAAACAUGGAAGGAGACUACUCCUCCAUAUCAAAAUCUCAUAUUCAUCAAAUACAAGAGAUGGAUCAGAAAGUUCAAACAAGUCACACAGUGAUGAUGCCAAACACAAAUUUUUCACAGCAUGCAGCAGCAGCAGCAUUAACAACCAUGACAGUGAAAUCAGGUGAAGCUGCUGUAUCCAGCUGGAAAAAAGAACCUUUAAUACUUCAAUCAUUUCAGUCAUCUUCAGUCAAUAAACCUUACAACAGUAGUACUAUUACUACUACUAGUACCAACUACAUGCCAGAUUUCAACAUGGCCCACCAACAACAAAAACAACUCAUCAAAAGUGGUUGUUCUUUUGAUUGUUUAAUUUCAGCUAGUACUAAUAGCAACACAGACACUACUUCUAUUGAAGAUGAUGAUGGAAUUUCAAACAUAUUUUCUGACUGCAGAAGAAGAAAUUUAUGGAACUUUAGUUAUGCCACUACUGCUUCUAAUUCAUCUGCUGAAACUGAUCAUAGUAAUGUUUCAAAUGGUACUAAUUACAAAAACAAAGACAUGCAGUGUAAUAAACUCAAUGAACUUGAUGAAACAAUGUCUCAAACUUCAUCAGAUCAAUUACAGUCCAAGGCAAGUGAUCAUCAUUUUUUCAGUACUGUACAAAAUUCUGUUUCUGUUGAAAAUGGUUUUGGAAUUUUCUCUGAUAAACCACCAAAAUGUAAGAAACCAAGAUGGGAAAAGGGUCCAUUUUCAUCAAAUAUAAAUUUCCAACAACCAAAAUCAUCAACAACAUGUUGUUCUUCUUCAUCAAAUGAAGAGACUGAUCCAGAAGCAGUAGCAGCAAUGAAGGAAAUGAUGUAUAGAGCAGCAGCAUUUAGGCCAGUGAAUUUUGGAAUGGAAAAUGAUGUGAUUGAAAAGCCUAAAAGAAAAAAUGUUAAGAUAUCAAAUGAUCCACAAACAGUGGCUGCAAGGCAUAGAAGGGAGAGAAUAAGUGAGAAGAUUAGAGUUUUGCAAAAGAUUGUUCCUGGUGGAAGUAAAAUGGACACUGCUUCAAUGCUUGAUGAGGCUGCAAAUUAUCUUAAGUUUCUUAGAUCACAAGUUAAGGCACUUGAAAGUUUAGGGAACAAAGUUAAUGCAAUGGAUUGUCCUUCAACUAGUAUUGCAUUCUCUUUUAACCCUUCUUUUCACAUGCAAAUUCAUCCUAGUGAUCAUAACAAUCAUGAUUAUUAUUAAUAUUAUUAUCAUAUAGACAAUGAUUAACAUGUCUGAUCUUCAUUUUCUAGCCAAUUAUGCAGGAAAAUGGUACUGUAAUUGUUGCAACUUUAUUUCUCAGUAUAAUCAUCAGUACUGACUUUGUUUAAAAUUAUGAUUAAUGAUGAUGUUUCUUGGUCUUGUCAUAUGAUUUAUCAGGUGCAUACCAGAACCAUCAUGUAUGAUUAAAAUAGUUUUAUUAUUUUGGGGACA